AUGAACAAUCUCAUUCUGUUGGCCAUUAUCUUUACAAUUGUAAAUUCCCUUGGAUUCCCAUCAUUUUAUCAUCGUUCUACUGUAUUUAUAUAAAUGUAUAUACUCUACUUAGGAUAUACAUGUUGAAAUAGCUUAGGCAAUUGAAAAGUGUGAAGGAGUAGAAUUAGAAAUGGUUAGAGAUUUCCCUAAAUUAUCUAUGGUCACUCUAAAUAAGAAUCAAAAUAAACCUAAUAAAGGUUUUGUACUUUUUGGUGAACAUGCAAGAGAAUUAAUCUCUCCAGAAACGGGUUUACAUUUUGUAAAAAAACUCUGUAGUCAAAAUGAAGAAAUGAAACCAAUCAAAGAUAAUUAUGAAUUAAGAAUGAUUGUCAAUGUUAAUCCACUUUCCAGAGAAAAAGUUGAAAAUGGAGAUUUCUGUAAAAGAGAAAAUGAAAAUGGAGUUGAUUUAAAUCGUAAUUACAAAUCACAUUGGUCUAAAGUAUUUUACACUAAUUACACAGGAUCAUGAUCCAGAAAUGGUCAGAACUGCACCUGGACCAUUUGCAUUCUCUGAAGCAGAAACAUAAACUGUAAGAGAUGAAUUAAAAAGAUUCUCACCACACGUUUUCUUUUCCAUUCAUUCUGGAACCUUAGCACUCUUCACUCCUUAUGCUUAUAGUAAAGAAUAACGUAACUAUUCUUACUCAUUUAUUAGCUACUGAAAAUAUUUCCAAUAUGAUGUAGAUCUUAACUGAAGUUAGAGAAAAACAUUGUGAAACUUGUAAAAUGGGAUCUUGUGGACAUGAAAUAGGAUAUCUUUCUCCAGGAACAUCUAUGGAUUAUGCUUAUGAUGAUUUAAAGGUACAAUCUAUAUUUAGCUACUUAGAUUCCUUAUUCCUUUACUUUUGAAAUAUAUCAUGGAGGUUUAGAUAUUAGAACUAAAAAACAUGCUCUUAAGUUCUUAGAAGUCUAAUCAACUCAUAAUAAACACAAAAUCACAGAUGAAGAAAAAUUAGAUUAAUUACUCAGAGAUCAUUCUUGUUUUGCUACCACUUCCACGUAUUUCAUUCUUAUUUAUUUAUUAGAAAAGAAAUGCCUCCUGAUGAAUGUUUCAAAUAUUUUAAUCCUGAAGAAAAAGAUCAAUAUGAUUUCUAUGUUGAAAAUUGGGCCUAAGCUAUUACAUUAUCAUUAAAUAGAGUUGCUGAAUAAAGACAAGCAUAACAAUAAUCAUGAUACAUUUACAAUAUAUUUCAUCAACUAUCACAAAC